GCAAGGUUUGUUACGGAACGUAUCCCCAGUACUCUUGGAUUCACAGAAACGUUGGGGAAUUCCACGUUGUUUAACAUAACAUAUCAGCAGCAAGACAUUAAUGUUUUGCACAUUUUGUUGUUGUAUUUUUGUUUGUUACAAUGUCUGAAGCAGGGUCAUUCCGUACAAAUGUUGUUAGAUUUGUUACAAAUUUGGUGGUACGGUAUAUGCUGGCGAGUGUCGUAGUGUAUUCGUGUUGGAUAGCUAUUGCAAAUUACAAUUACUGGUUUUCAUGGCACGUUAUUCUGUGUACUUUUGGGAUGAUUCCUUUGAUGACCGAAGCACUUAUGCUUUUCGCUCCUGAUGAACUGUGGACAAGACAACUGACUAGAACUCAAAAGUAUUGGAUCCAUGGUUUUUUAAUGACUUUGGGAACUGUGUUAGUCAGUGCCGGGUGUAUUGAUACAUUUUAUUAUAUCUCAGAUGGUUAUCAUUUAUACACAGUACACGGAAUCACAGGACUGAUAUCAAUGAUUCUGUUUAUGUUGUCAAUAGUUCUGGGAUUUUUAGCUAAUUAUUCACAACGACUGACGAAAUAUGGAAGGCCAGUUACGUUUAAAUUUAAUCACAACAUAAUUGGCCUGUUAGGUUUUGUAAUAGGUAUAGUGAGUUUGUGCUAUGCGUAUUAUACUAGGUGGUUUGUGUAUUUUACAUCUGAGGAAUCAAGGAUUGUUGCUUUAAUUGUGACAAUCAUAGGGAGUUUAUGGACGAUGAAUGCAUCUUUAGUGUCUGCUUAUAAUCAAAUUAAGACUUUAUUAGGGAGAUAGCUUUUCAUUUUUAAAAUUGUUGAUUUUUGAUGUAUUUAUUAUUGAGAUUGUAUUUAUAGCGCCUAUAUUACUUAACUUGGACGUUGAAUGUGUUAAGAAUACUCCUAAGUUAUACCAAUCUCUCAGAACUAAUGUUAUAAAUUACAAUACAAAUAAAAUUUGU